AUGGUAGCUUCCUCAAUCAAUAGAUCGAAAUUAGUGGGUGGCGGAAAACUCAGCAGCUUCCCCACAACGGACCAAACAACCGUGUUGCUGUGGUACCACGAGCCAAGUCGCCGUGAUACACAGAGCUCUGUAGUCAGUCCGAUUGACAAUGGGCGAAUCAAUCCUGGACUCUUCUCCAGCGUCAACGCUAGAGAGACAGCCAGAGUCGUGAGUGGCCCAGCCCUGUCGCGGAGGCAGCCAAAUGUGGCUCAAGAGGGCGAGGGUCAGCCACACCGGCGGUGGGCUGAUUUUAGUGGCAGAGCGAAGCACAAAUCACCAUUUGAGCCGGCGAAGAUCGGCCCCAUCGCGUCGAUCCCCUGCAUCCUGUCGGUCAAGGGCCCUAUGCCAGUCUCUGCCCACUUCCUGGCCUUGCUUGGCCUGCCGGCAUUCACAUCUUGGGCAUCCAGUAUCCCCCUCCUCACUGACGUAGGUGGUGUGACGAAACUUGGCCUUAGCAUCUCUCUGUCGUCAGAUCUAGACUUCUCUAGUGUCAGUCGGCAGCCCGGUUCGUAA